AUGGGAAAAUUCGAACAACUACCCAAUGAACUUAUAUACAAUAUUUUCGAUUAUUUAAAUGGGAACGAAAUUUACAAUAGUUUUUAUUAUUUAAAUAAACGUUUUCAUCUUCUGAUUAAAAAUAGUUCACUCCAUUUCAAAUGUUCAUCUCUUAUUCGACUGGAUAUCUUAUUUGAUUAUGUUAUUCCAUAUAUAAAUACAAAACAUAUUAAAGCAUUAACAAUAAAAGAUGGAAAGCCAACAUAUUUUCCAUCACCAGCUGAUCUCGCAAAAUUUCUCUUAUCUGGUCUUAGAACCAAUCGCUUCUUCAUAAUCAAUUCACGACAUUGGAUCAAUUUACAAACAAUCAAACUAAAUUUUAGAAAGCCAUGUUGUUGGAAAGUGCAAAAUUUGGAGAUCGUUGUAGAAAACUUAGAUAAAUUCCCAAAUUUGAUUCAUUUAACACUUCAAACAUCUUACAAUUUUCCUAGCGAUAAUACAAUAGAUCUUAUGUGUUCGAAAAUAUUUCCUUUAACAAAUUUAAAAUAUUUAUCAUUUUGUAGAGAAAAUUAUAUAAUACCAAAGUUUGAUAAGCUUCAACUACAGCCAUAUCAACAAUCGUCAUCAAUCGAAUAUUUAACAAUGCCUAACAGCGAUUUUCAGUUCAGUGAACUGGAAGCAUUAUUUGCUUAUAUGCCUAAAUUAAAAUAUUUAAAUCUAACUUUAAUUAAGCCUUAUAAACAUUUUUAUAGUAUGUUCAACUGGGCCAUAGAUACAAAUAGUCAACAGCACUCGUUCACAGCACCACAAGAUUUAAAAGAAAUUAAAUUAGAUUUCUAUGAGGAGAAUAUUUCAAGUAAGGAAAUUAUUUCAUUAUUGACGCAAAUAACAAAAUUAGAAAAAUUAACAGUAAAUAUUCGAUACGUGCUUGUCAUAGAUGAAAUAUUAAUCUUAAUGCUAUUUCAUACAUCAUUACCAUUAUUAAAGUCAUGUCGAAUUUCAUUCACCAACGUCUCCAGGUUGGAGUUAAAUUGUCGAACACAACGAUGGCUAUCCAUUUAUGUAAGUCAAGUUCUCAUGGUUUUAUCCUAUGAUGACCACUUCUUUGAUUGUAAGUCAGCUAGAGUCAUAACUAAAAAAAUGUGUGUGUUGUUUGCCAAAUGAAGCAUUAAAGAAGCUAAUCACUUCGAGGCACUUUCACACGUUGUACGCACGGUGAAAAAAUAACCGUCAAAAAAACCGUAAAAACCAUAACCAUCGAAAGAAAACCGUAUAGAAGAACCAUGAAGUAAAAAACUACAGUAUGAAAACCGUAAAAUGUAAAAGUAUAAAACAAAAACUAUGGAAGUAAAACCGUAAAGGUUAAAACCAUAGAAACAAAACCGUCCACUUUCGAACCAUCGAUGGAAAACCCUAAAAUAAAACCGUCAAUUUAAGAACUGUGAAAUUAAAAUCAUGAAAAAAUAUCGUAAAGCUCAAAACUGUAGAAAUAAAAUCAUGAACUGACAGUUUAUCAAGGGAAAACAAUGAAAAUAAAAGCGUGAAGAGGGAAACCGUGAAAGAGUUUUCAUGCUUUUUAAUUGACGGUUUUAUCGAAGCUUCAAAAUUCAUUAAAACAUGUGCAGUUUCAGUCGUUAGCAUGUCAAAAAGUCUUCCUAUAACAUAAGUUUAAUAGAGCGAGUCUUUGGCUUUUCGACAAAUCUAUCUC